AUGGCCUCGAUUCUCUCUCCAGUUGUCGCGCAAAGCCUGAACAAGCCUGUCGAUCAGUCUUUGAACGCUGGAGCUGGCUUCCGCAACCUCCAAACCCCAUUCGAUCCAACUGUCGAUUGCGCAACCGAAAGCGAAAUCGUCCAACAUCUGCGCCACCUCGACUCGGCUCUGAAGGUCUACACCCCUUCCUCGCCAAACUACGAGACGCUCCGCAGCGUCUACAACAAGCAAAUCUCUGCCCGGCCCCAGGCUAUCUGUCGCCCGACGACCGUCGCCCAGGUGCAGGCGAUUGUCCGUACCAGCACGCAACUGGGCGUGCCGCUGACCGUGCGUGCAAUUGGUCAUGCUUUCUUCGGCCAGUCUUGCAUCGCUGACAGCGUCAUGUUGGACAUGCGGGAGAUGGACUCGUUGACCCUCUCCCACGACCUGAAGACCGUUAACGUCGGCGGUGGCGUGCUCACCCGCAACCUGAUCGGAUUCCUCGAUACACACGACCUCGUCACGGCGAGUAGCACGGCUGGCUGUGUUGGCUGGAUGGGUUGGGCUCUUGCUGGUGGCUACGGCCUGCUGAACAGCUACGCCGGCUUCGGUGCGGAUAACAUCGUGUCUGCCAAGGUGGUGACAGCGGAUGGAAAUGUUGUCGACACUGCGGCCGACGAUGAUCUUCUCUGGGGUCUUCGUGGAGCUGGUGGAAGUCUGGGGAUUGUUGUCGAGUCGACUGUGCGGACUUACGCCGUGCCCACGAUGUUGGGUGGCCAGAUCCAGUACAAGAAGGGCGAAUCCGCCAAGGCAUUACUAGGCUUGCAGCGUCUGCUCGAAGCAGGUGUUCCCGAGGAGCUCUGUCUGCAGCUUGAACUGUCGCAAAAGGAUGCUGGCAUGGCGGUUAAUGUAAUUGCUGGCUGGGUGGGUGAUGCCGAAGAGGGCCAGAAGUGGCUGGAUAUGGUGCGCGGUCUUGCAGAGGUUCAGCUGGACACUGUCCAGCAGACCACCUUCAACGCUCUCCAGGGCCUGACAACUAAGGACAUUCCUUUGUCCGCUCACACAACCACUCGCGGUGUCUCUGUCACUCGAAUGACAUCAGAACUCAUCGACAUCCUCCAGCAAUCCUUGAGCCAGACAGGUGCCUCCUACACUGUCACUGGCCUCCUGAACUAUGGCCGCUCCGCACAUACCAAUCCCUCUGCCUCGUUCGGCCUGCGUGAGGCGCACAUCCAACUUUUCAUCAACGCGUGCGACGAGCCUGAGCGGAUGGUGGACGCUUCCAGAUGGGUCAAUGGCCUUGCCCACCGGAUUCAGAGUACUGGUCAGGCCAUGGAGGCUAGCUAUUCUAGCUUUGCGGCGCCGGGAGACAACGUUAAUGAGAGCUUCGGAGACGGAUUGGACAAGUUGCGUGAGUUGAAGGCGGAGGUUGACCCCAAAAACGUGUUCUGUGGGCUUUGGAAGGCGGAGUAA